CCUAGAUACCCGACCCGACCCGAAUAGCCACGCAGUAUUCAGUGCUUUUCGCCCUUCAACACUUCCUUCAUUGUUGCGAAGCCCAGUUGAAAAGGUCAACGAAAUCUUGCCGAUUUGCUCGUUGGGCGGUUCCCGCAAACCAAAUUUCUCACUUGGUUUAUAUCCAUAGGUACAUAAAGUGCUGGGAAUGAUCGAUUUAGAGUGAUGAUGAAGCUUGUUGGACAUACAUUAUUUGCUUCUUUAACUCCUAUUCAUUCUGUUACCCUGAAAAACCCCAGCAGAUUGUUGUCAAACUUAAUUUAUAAAAAUCCAACCAAAUUGAGGAGAUCGCAUCAUUACCAUUGGAAGUGCCAGGUUCGUAAAGAGACUACAAUGGUUGGUUCCCGUUACCCACCCCCUUGGUUCAGUAUUGCUCCAAUGAUGGAAUACACCGACAACCACUUUAGAACUCUGGCUCGCCUCAUAUCAAAACACGCUUGGCUGUACACAGAAAUGAUUGCUGCAGAAACAAUAGUCUAUCAAAAGGGAAAUUUGGAUAGAUUUUUGGCAUUCGAUCCUGAGCAACAUCCUAUAGUGCUUCAAAUAGGGGGAAAUGACUUGGAAAACAUAGCUAAAGCAACUCAACUUGCGAAGCCCUAUGGCUAUGAUGAGAUCAAUUUCAAUUGUGGAUGUCCAAGCCCUAAAGUUGCUGGAGAUGGAUGCUUUGGGGCCCGCCUCAUGCUUGAUCCAAAGUUUGUUGCUGAUGCUAUGUCAGUAAUAUCUGCAAAUACAGAUGUUCCUGUUAGUGUUAAAUGCCGAAUCGGAGUUGAUAAUCAUGAUACAUAUAAUGAGCUAUGUGAUUUUAUAUAUAAGGUCUCAUCUCAAUCACCAACAAAGCAUUUCAUAAUACACUCUAGAAAGGCCUUGCUCAAGGGACUCACCCCUAAAGAAAAUAGAUCAAUUCCACCCUUAAAAUAUGAGUUCUACUAUGCUCUUGUUCGCGAUUUUCCUGAUCUGCAGUUCACCAUUAAUGGAGGUAUAAAUACCAUUGAUGAGGUAAAUGAAGCUCUGACAGAAGGAGCUCAUGGAGUUAUGAUUGGACGUGGGGCUUAUAAUAAUCCAUGGAAUCUUUUGGGGCAUGUGGAUAGUGCAAUAUACGGCACAGCUCCAAACAGUGUAACUCGGCGACAGGUCCUUGAAAAGUACCAGGUGUACGCCGAUUCUGUCAUGGGUUUAUAUGGGCCUAGACCCAAUCUUCGCGAGCUCAUAAAGCCUUUACUUAACCUUUUCCAUUCGGAGCCUGGAAAUCGUGCAUGGAAGCGGAAAGCUGAUGCUGCUUUCCUGAACUGUGAGACAGUGCAAUCCUUCUUUGAUGAAACCCUGAUGGCCAUACCUGAUUCGGUCUUGGAUGCACCUAUCAUUUCAGCUCCGAUUGGAUUUUCAGAUGCUUUUGCCGUAGCCAAGAAAUUGUUGCCUCCUCCAUACACAGCACCAGAGGCCGAGUCAGAGGCUGAGGCUGAGGCUGAGGCUGAGCUGUUGUAUGUGUAGUUUUAUUUAUAUAUAUACAUACAUUUUUUCGCUUCAUGUAAAAAUACAUUAAUUCAUUUUGAACUAUUAUUUUUUCUUCGCUCCCUUGCUACUCAUCGGAGUUUCCUACUUACUUUUGUUUGUGUUUCAAUUUUUUAUGCAAGUGGGGAUGUUCUAAAGAUCGGUGAUUGCUAUAAGUCGACUUCGAAAAACAUUCGACUAAUUUUUAGUCGAAUACUCUUGGUUUGAAAAAU